GCGUGUUAGCUGUAGCGAAAACGAAAUUUCAUCAAAUGAGUAAAUCGGAUUUGUCCUAAGCCGAACUUGACGCGUCUGUUACCGUGUGGUUUAAUGGUUGUCUUUUCGGGUUCGCGCUCUCGGCGACAUUCCCGUUCUCGACCAGUAUCAGUCCGGCAUAGGAGGCGCUUACAACGCAAUAGACUCCCGUCGAGACGAUGCACUACGCUACGCGGAGGUGUACGAGCCUCAUCCGAGCAGGCGACAGACGCGGGUAAAGAUGCGUUAAGUCGGAGAGCAAGUCUGAAAUCUACGGACGCAUUGGCAAAGCUUAUAGGAUUCAUGUCGUUGAUGACAAUCUAUCUUCGUGGAAAAAAUGAACUCCAGCAGGUUUUCCCCACCUACAGAGGCGUCGAUAUAUUGAAGUACAUGCUCACUCAAAUGAAGAAUCCCGAUAUAGAUGAAGAGACAAAGAGGAAUCUCAUUGAUUUUUCCAUUUGUUUGCUGAACCAGAUCGAAAUCUCCAUGAUAAACUUUGUCGAUCCUGAAAGUGAGGGACCGGAAGCAGAUGCCGGCUUCAUUGUCGAGUUAGGCGAACUUGGCACUGUUACCCAAACAAAGCCAAUCAUCGUCGAUUUUAUGGACCUAUAUGACGGAAAUCCAUAUUCUCACCAAGAGGGUAUAGAGUAUUACAGGUGGCUGGAAUCUAAAUUUCCUGACUUUCCUGACUGGCCGAUGCUGAGUCACGUAAAUGAUCGGGAAUGGAAAAGCAGACUUCUCAGUGGAGUUAUUCGUACGGAACCGAAUUCUAUGACCUUAGAAUACAAGUGCGAUCCCUUGGACCCUAAGAAUCCCGAGGCCGCUUUCCAAACCACUUUGAGACUGAAAUGGCCGGGGCCUGCGACUCAGCUGGCUUCAGUUAUGAGCCGAAUUCGGACUAAGAUAGACAAUGAUUUCGCUGCAAUUGAUGAGAUUAUCUCUGCGCUUAGGGAGAAUUUAGCAGCGGUGCCAGACAUGAAACGAAUGAUGGACGAAGCUACAUUUAGUCUAAACCAAAACGAUACAGAGGACGCAUAUGAUUUAUUAAGACAGUUUGAAAAUUGGAGGGACUACUUCUGCAGCUUGUAUGAGCGUAUGUUUCAGCUUAAAAAGGCUUAUACGGAUCCUGAAAAUCGCAAGACUGUCCACGAUGUGUAUGUGAGGCCAGAGGAGGAUAACCAGAUUGUUUGCGCUAUGAAAGCUUGGGCCGCCGAUGUUGACGGGUUCAAGAAAAGGUGUGAAGCACUCCAGAAACCCGAAAAAUCUUAAAAGACCAAAGCUACUGAAACGUGGCACAACACGCACGGACGGCCAAUGUGUAACCAUAUAUGAGAAUCGUACCACAAUAAAUGUACAAAAUACAAAAUCUAUAUUUAUUACGCCGUUCGGCGUAAUAUCGAUAUAGAAGAAAUC